UCUUCUCGCGAGGAUCCACUUCUUCAAUCGCGUCCUUGGUCCGUGCUAAGUGCAAAAUGGGUUACUGGGAUGAACCAGAGGGCACGGCGUGUUUGGAGAAAACAUGGAUUACCACCAAAAUGGCCACAGCUUUAGGCCUGGUUGGUUCAGCCUAUCACAUAGUGGUAUUCCAGCCUGACUCUGCAAUCGCAGCCGUACAAAAAGCGACCACCGCAACUGUCACCAUGGCCACCAUGGGGGCCAUCUUUGGAAUGGCUACAUGUCUCAGUGCUCAGGCUCGUGAAGCUCCAGAUGAACCACUCAAUUACUUCAUCGGUGGCUGCGCCUCUGGAAUCUUCCUGGGAGCCAGAACCCACAGUGCCAUGACCGGAACAACAGCGUGCCUGGGUCUGGGAACGCUGGCCUUCUUCUCAAAAGUGGCUAAGAUGGAGGGGUGGAGGAUCUAUGGACCGCCCAAACUAUGAGGAGCAUCUGUAAAAAUUAACUAUAUGUUGUAAAAAGAGUUCAUUUAAUAAAGUUAUUGUGAAAAAGA